AUGCUAAGAAACAUAGUCAAGAGUCGAAGAGGACUUCUCGCCCCCCUCAGACGAGGUUAUUCCACUAGCAAUUCCUUCAAGACUGCCGUGGAAGCAGCUGAAAAAUUAGUCUCACCACCAGCUCAAACUAAAUUUCAAGACCCGUUUUCAAUUGUUAGUCAUGAAAUGUCCAAUCUAGCCAAAUCUAUUGCCAGUUUAAUUGGAUCUGGCCAUCCGACAUUAAACAGAAUAAGUUCUUAUUAUUUUGAAGCUGAAGGUAAAAAUGUUCGACCUUUAAUUGUGUUAAUUUUAAGUAAAGCCUUACUGAAAAUACCAUUACUGGAACGUCAAAGGAUAAAAAUUGACGAAUACGAUGUUACUGAACAGACACCAAUAAAGGGAACACCACAACCAGGUCAAGAAUCAAUUGCUGGAUAUAGUGUUGAUGAUAGUUUAAGUCCAUUGAAUAUUUUGCAUGGUAUAAAUCCUAAAAUUAUUUUGGAUCCAUUGAGUAAACCAAUGGAUAGACUACCUGAAAUGGAUAAACAAAAUGGUAUAUUACCUAAACAGAGAAGGUUGGCUGAAAUUGUUGAGAUGAUUCACACUGCUAGUUUAUUACAUGAUGACGUUAUUGAUUUAUCUGAUUCAAGAAGAGGUAGACCUAGUGGUAAUAUUGCAUUCACUAACAAAAUGGCCGUCUUGGGUGGAGAUUUUCUUUUGGGUAGAGCUUCAGUUGCCAUCGCUAGAUUGAGAAAUCCUGAAGUUAUUGAAUUAUUGAGUACCACAAUUGCAAAUUUGGUUGAAGGAGAAUUUAUGCAAUUGAAAAAUACCGUCUUGAGUAAUAGUGGUGAGGAAAUUAUAGAUAAUGAUGGAGAUGAAAAAAAGGUGCCUAAAGCUACUGGGAAAGUCCCCACUGAAAAACAUCAAUAUUCCGUUAACGAGGAAGAUAUUGUUGAUCAUGAUACAAAUGUUCAAGCUGCAUUUGAAUACUAUUUACACAAGACGUAUUUGAAAACAGCAUCGUUAAUGUCGAAAUCAUGUCGAGCUGCUGCUGUUUUAAGUGGUGCUCAAGAUGACAUUAUUGAAAAUUGUUAUCAAUUUGGACGUAAUUUAGGAUUAUGUUUCCAAAUAGUCGAUGAUAUGUUGGACUACACCAGCUCCGACAAGGCAUUUGGCAAACCAAGUCAAGCAGAUUUAAAAUUGGGUUUAGCAACAGCACCAGUUUUGUUUGCUUGGAAACAAGAACCUAAAUUGGGAGAAUUAAUUGCCAGAAAAUUUAAUGAACCGGGUGAUGUUGAAAUUGCUCGUAGAGCCGUCGAGAAAUACCAAGGUGUUGAACAAACUAGAGAAAUGGCAAAGAAAUAUUGUAUGGAUGCAUUGGCUAAUUUGCGUAAAUUGCCUGAAUCUGAUGCUAGAAGUGCAUUGGAAUUGUUGACAAAUUCAGUGUUGACUAGAUCUAAUUAG